AUGGGUGGAAGUAGCAGCCCAGAAUCAAAUGCGGCAAGGGCAGAGGAAGGCAAACUGGAAGGGGAGUCACCAGCAAUGGAGGAAAUGAAAGAUCAAAUAGAAAUAUAUGACUUGAAGUCAGAUGCAGACGAUGAAUGGAAUAUAAAUGCCAUGGAUGCAGUAACUGACAUUUUUGACUCAAGCGCCUCAACUUUUUUCACCAAACCUACUUUAGUUUCCAAUUAUACUUUUUAUUCUGAAACUGCUCUUCUUCCUCAAUUUACUGGUGCCACAUUAGUGGUUCUAGCUGCAUUGAUGACAACAGCCGCAGUUUUGAUAACAUUUGGAAAUGCUUUGAUUUUCCUUGCCUUUGUGGUAGAUGAAAGGCUUAGAACACAGAGUAACCUGUAUCUUCUGAGCUUGGCUGUAUGUGACUUUUGCAUAGGUGCAGUCUCCAUUCCUUUUAAUAUACCCUACGGGCUAUAUGGAACUUGGAUGUUUGGAAGAGCAGUUUGCAAAUUUUGUAUAGUAACAGACUACACAGCAUGCGCAGCUUCAGUGUUUAACAUUGUUGUUAUCAGUUAUGAUCGACACCUGUCUGUCACUAAUCCGGUGGCACAUCGAGCUCAGCAAACAUGUAACACCAUUACCAAGAUUACUGCUGUAUGGCUGCUUGCAUUUAUUAUUUAUGGACCAGCACUGAUUUUUUGGGACAUUAUCACAGGACAAUCUCAAGUACCAAGUGACCAUUGUUAUGCUGAAUUUACAUAUAGUUGGUAUUUUUUAGCUUGCCUUCUAACUUGCAAUUUUUUCAUUCCCUUCUUCAGUGUAAGCUAUUUCAAUUUAGGUAUAUACUGGAAUAUCAGAAAACGAAUGAAAAAUAGGCAAACUAAAGUGAUUAAUAAGAGGCAAUCUGAGUCAAACAGUGAAGGAGAAGAAACAUUUUUAUCCUUCAUACGACUAUAUAUACUUUUUCUAAAGAAAAGGGUAGUUUGUUCUUCUGUCUCAAAAGAACCUACUGUUACCAAAUAUUCUCGGCAAAAUCUUUCAAUGCAAAAAAUGGACAAAAUUAGUAACAAUCUGAAUGACAGGCACAUCUCAUCAACAGAGGAUGAGCAGAAAACACCAUCUCAAAAUUCUGCAGUAAGGCUGUCCAAGGAUAAAAAGAUUGCAAAGUCUCUUGCUGUGCUUGUUUGUAUUUUUGGCAUUUGCCAGGCACCAUACACAUUUGUUUCUAUUAUUAAUUCAACAAGUUGGACUGAUGUUGGAUAUUUUUGGAGUUGUAUCACAGGAUGGAUUAUGUGGCUGAACUCUCUCAUAAAUCCUCUUUUGUAUCCAUUGUGCCACCGCAGUUUCCGAAGAGCAUUCUCUAAAAUAUUUUGCCAUAAAUAA